CUGUUGGCACUGUGAAUGGAGGGAGGCAGGAGAGCCAGGGCCUGAAUGCCAGCCCAGCACAACAGAAAGGGCUGAGCUGGAACUGAGGAGAAGGAUGGUGGAUGUGCUGCUCAACAGAGGAUUCAGUACCAGCGGGGUGAAGAGUAUUGAUGGUGCAGAGUAUUGCAAACUCCUUAUUUGACCUUGCUGCUACUUUAUUAAAACUGAGGCUGAGAGAUUUGACAGCUGAAAUUACUACAGAAAUCUUCAGGAGAUUCCUGCUGUGCUCCUUAGAUGUGACACCAUCCUUAAAUCAGUGUACACAGGAGGCAGAAUUAGCACACUGGAAGUUGAGAAAUGAGAAGGUGAUGGCAGAGCAGUGUUUUGCAGCAUCUCAGCCAGAUCCAGGGAAGUAUGUAAUGGUGAUGGGUGUGGUGCGGUGCUGCAGUCCGGAGCCUGUUCUUCGAGCAAUAAAGAUGACAGAUCUCUCUGAAAACCCCAUCCAUAAGAGUAUGUGGGACCUUGAAGUGGAGGAUUUGCACAGAGUCCUCCCCUAAUACUUUUACUUUCUGCCUAAAAGAACUGGACAUUUGUUUUCUUUUGCUUUUUGGUGCAGAACAUUGGACAAUUCUGUGUAACCACUCCAAAGUGAGAAGUUGGGCUCAGUUAAGUGUGGGGACCAGUGCUUAUCUGAUCAUAAUCACAGUUCACGUCUCUCUCUUUUUCUACCAACAUAUUUCAGAAGUGCCUAUUUGAUGUUCUGAUUAAGAUGUCCAUGCUAUUAAAAAGGCUGUAUGUUUGUU